AUGCAGAGCCAGAAGGUUUUUUUCAAGAUCAAAGGUGAACAUGGGACCCCCGAGCAGGAUACAGAGAAGGCCUCUGGCAUCCGCCUGGUAGAGCCUCCAGAGAAGGACGACCAACUGGUGGGGCUCCUCCCUGCCUCCAAGGAGAAGCCACGAGGUCAAGGUGCCAAGGCCUGGGUGGAGACUGAGGACAUCCUGGGCCGUGUCUGGAGCCCCCAGCGGGGUCCUGAGCCUGACCUCGAUGGCCUGUACCAUCCCCCACCUGAGGAGGCCCAGGGUGAGGAGGGGCCCUCUCUGCAGGUUACACCAUCUCUCCAGGUGCUCCAGGGGCCGGAGGAGGACCGAGACCACAUCUACCACCCUGUGGAGGGCUCUGAGGGGCCCUGA